AUUAUGGCAAGGGUGUCUGUAAAACUAAAUAAUAUCAGCAGGCAUUUUUGUGCUCUCCCAAGCUUCCGUUGACAGCUAGCCAUCUCCAGCUGAUACUGGGUUUAGGAAGGUUACGUAAUGUUAGCUAGUUAGCUGAACUUGGUUGUUUUUAAUACGCACCUACUUACCAAAUGGCAUUUACACUAGCUACAAGCAAUGGGGGACUUUCAGCAAUUUGAACAGGACUUCUACCAGUCAGGGUAUUACAUCGAUGACCAGGGACAGGUGGCCUACGACUACGGCGAUGGCUAUGACCAUAACCCAGAGUAUGAGGAUGAUGGCAUAGAUGUGUCCAUGCCUGGUGUGUUUGCCCCCUCUACGGGCCAGCCUUAUACAGGACAGGCCUUCCAGCCACCAAUGCCUGCUGGGACAUAUCAAUACACAGCUGGAACAGACGGAUCAUAUAAAGAAGAGUCUCCAUUGCUGGAGGAGCUUGGCAUUAAUUUUGAGCACAUAUGGCAGAAGACGUUGACAGUGCUGAACCCUAUGAUGCCAGCUGAUGGCAGCAUCAUGAAUGAGACCGACCUGACGGGCCCUAUUCUGUUCUGUAUUGCUCUGGGUGCCACUUUACUUAUGGCAGGCAAAUCCCACUUUGGCUAUGUCUAUGGGAUCAGUGCCAUCGGCUGCAUGGCGAUGUACACCCUGUUGACCCUGCUGAGUUCCCUGACUGUGUCCUAUGGCUGUGUAGCCAGUGUUCUGGGAUACUGCCUCCUCCCCAUGGUUGCACUAUCUGCUUUUGCAGUCAUCUUUUCCCUACAAGGGAUCGUUGGAACUAUCCUGGCCUUGCUGGUGAUUGGCUGGUGCAGUUUCUCAGCUUCCAAGAUCUUCAUUUCCACCCUGGCUAUGGAGGGCCAGCAGCUGUUGGUAGCGUACCCCUGUGCUCUGCUUUAUGGAGUCUUUGCCUUGCUAACAGUGUUCUAAAGCCCACUACUGUCACUGACUGUCAACAGAGAUCCCAUUUCUGAGGCACUACGUUAGGCACUACGUGUCCCGUAUGGGUGUCAGUGUGGUAUAUGGGUUAUAGUUAUACAACGUUUUAUUUGUUGUAUUCCUUUCUUUUUAUGAAAUGGGGACUUGUUUUCUUCAUUGGGGUUACUUUACAUUGUGAAAAAUGUAAUCUGGGUGUGUGAUUGGUUGACAUUUGUCCAUUGGAAUGUGCCAAUAAAUUUGAAAUGUUA